AUGAAAUUCCGAUUCUGCGGAGGUUUGGAGCCUCCCGACUGGGUGCUGGUCGAGAUUCCGCUGCUGCUGUCGGGAGAGUCGCGCAAAGUCCUACCUAGUGAUCUCAGCGCCAUGUGCCACGCUCUUGCAGUGAAUAUCACACGAGAGGAGCUUGAGCAAGCGCAGUCACUGUUUGAAGAGAAAGACGAGAGAAAUGCUGCAGUUGCUGUUCUGCGAUUUAUCUUGACACAUGCUGCGAAAUAUGAUGUGGAGCGUACCGAUCUCGUGAAGGAGCUGUUACAACUGGGUAUGCAUCUGGCAGCAGCUGAGGCCAUUGCGUUGAGCUACGAACAUCAUCGUCCUCGCAUCCAAGACCAACUGCGUGCUCAACGGUUCCGGUUUCCAGGCAUCGAGAAGGUGAAGUGGAACGUGGAGGCCGACUCGAGAGUGUCCAUGCACCUGAUGCUGGACCGGCCGGUCAUGGAAUGCGACGUAGCGACAACGGCUGCGAGUUCCGAGCUCAGCUUCGACAUGAGUAAAGCCAAGUUUCUGGCACUAUACGAGGAGCUCCGUCAAGCGCAAUCGAUGCUCCGCAGUGUGCAGCCGUCCACAAGUUGA